GCGUGAUGUCCGCGCUUUUCAAACGUUGUUGUAGCGUGUUUUCGAGAUCGACUGUUGGCCUCAAGUGUAUAAAUAAUGGAUUAUCUUUACCAGUUGCAUCGAAAAACUGCUUUUCACCACUUGGGAUGUCUCCAACCGUUAAUCUAGCUACUUUGGCUCAAAUGGCCAUUUGUGGUCCAUUUCAAAAGAAGCGUCCCCCAAAUAAAGCGAUGAACGCGAAGCCAUUCAUAAAAGGGAUUGUGCUAAAAACUUUUAUACGUAAACCCAAGAAACCAAAUAGUGCGAACAGAAAAUGUGUACGUGUCCGUUUAACUGAUGGUCGUGAAAUCACAGCUCAUAUUCCUGGUGAAGGUCAUAAUUUACAGGAACAUAAUAUUAUUUUAGUUCGUGGUGGUCGCACACAAGACCUUAUCGGAGUGAAACAUAAAGUUGUACGUGGAGUACAUGACUGCGCACCUGUUCGGAAACCAGGUUCAAAAUAAAACUUUGUAGUAAUUUAAUCCAUGGAACUUCAACAGUGUUUGUAAAGAUAAUUCGAAUUUCAUAUUUACGCUCUUAAUUUCUCACUGUCGCGAGGUGCUUUGGCAAGUCGUUCUGUAUUGUAAAAUGUCAUGUUUGUAAUCUUCAAUUUUUGACCCUGGAUAUAUUUUUUAAAAAUCUGAACCUUAGUUUUGCAAUGGUGGAAGACUUGUAGCUCAAAGUAAGGGUAACAGCUACUUAGCAUUCUUCACGCCUUGGUAUUUGUAGAUAAAUACCGUCGAAGCUGUUUAGCCUGUUGAAAACCUAUAUUCAGAUGGCAAAAAUCGGAAGAAUUCAAGAAAUCCUCACCAUUCUUCGAGACAUGUUUAUUCUGUUCGGAAGUGGUCAUUCAAUUUUCAUCACUAUUUAUUUUACUUGUUUUUUAAUUCAACUCAGUACUAAGUGUAGAUAUCUUAUUCUAAUAACGCAAUGCUAUAAUUGUUAAACCUUGAGCAUUUUUUUUGUCUUUCAUUUCUAUUAAUCUUUCGUGGUCUGGGGAAAGCGUAUUGUAUUUAGAUAGUGUAUUUGUAACUAACCUUUUUAGUCCGCAGCAAUUCACAUUAUUCGGUGAUCGGUUAUCAUGGUUCAAUAUGUGGGCCGGUAGAAUACAUGCUUCUCAACUUAGUUAUGUUAAAAUUCUCAAAUCUUCCCAAUAUUUUUUUGAAAAUUUAGAAAGGCUGAACUACUGUUUGACUCUCUAAUGAGUUUAUUGACUAUAACUCAAAUAAUGAUAAGGAUGAGUCUUAUCGAAUGAUCUUGUAGUUACUUCAUUGCAAAGCUACGUUAAACUGCCUGUUUGUAAAGUGAUAAUUAUACUAUGUAUUGAUGCAAAUAAGCUUUACUGUAUGCACGUGAAAUAUGUGUUGUAAUCAGAAAGCAACAUAGUUAUGAAUGUUCCAACUCUGACUUUGAAGCACCUUUCACACGUGGAUGUGAACGUCAUUAGAUGUUAGACUGGUCGUUCGGGAGUGUUCUAGGUAGAACUAAACCACUGGAGAACUAACUAUUGUGUAGGGCAAGUCGAUAGUAUUUAAAAAUUUAGUAGUCUUACAGUGAAACUUUUAUACUGCUACUGAUAUUGCUAUUUCUUAUGACUGCGGAAAAAACUUCCAUUUGGUAUUCGUUACUUCAUAACAGGACGGGUAUGUCUCAAUUAAGGAAAAAAGCAGGACUGUAAAUGAAGAAUUAUUUGUACAUCAAUUACUGGUUCCACCACUGACUUACAACCGACUUUCAUCUGAUCAAACUGACAUCAAAAAUUAAAAGGAAAUUUGCAGCGUUUUUAAGUAUUUGAUCAAUGGUUAAAUUUGACCUCAUUGAACUGGAAGUGAUUGACACUGAUUGACAAAUAACUUAAUGCAUGUAUAUAAUUUGCCAAAUCAACAACUGAUUCGACUAAAAAAAUGUAACUGAGUUUCAUUUUUACUUUUUCCUGCCAGAAAUUACCAAAUAAUAAGAUUGGUUUUGAACAAUAAUCUAUUUAUGAUAGACUUAUUCUAUUUCAUUGUGAUUAUUGACCCAUAUUGCCUUGAUUGGUUUAAAAUUUUCGUAUAAAUAUUCAUGUAUAUUAGAGUAAAGCCUGAUGACGAUCUAAUUGAAAACAAUUGUUCGCUUAUAUGUGUUGUUCUAUUUAUGAGUUAUCUUUUAUUUAUUUAUUUAUUUCGACACAUAUUGAUGCAAAGGGGCACCGAAUACAUAUACACCACACAAGUCACUUGAUUCGUGUGUGGGCUGUGAUACUGCCCGGGUGCCUAAACCGAAGCAGGUGAUUUUCUAAGGGGGUCACACUCGGAGCAUUCGACCAUAAAGUCUGAUCCACAAGGCCGUGGAGCAACGUCAGGAGAUGCAGUCCCAUGAUAGCCGGUGACCAACAAUUGGUACAUACGCCAUUUGUUCCUUCAGUAUAUUGGAGCCCACGUGGAUCAUUUUAUUUGGGAUCAGGGUUUUCCAACUCCCCUAGGUAGACUCAUCGUUUCCGCCAAGCUGGUUAAAGCGCUGGACAUUCGCUUUUCAUCCUCUCAGUUUUGUAACAACACCGGUGCCGCGAGAAAGCAGUGUGUAGGGCUUUCCUGACAUUGGCUGUAUACGCGUGGCCAUGUGAAAGUAUUUCGAGAGGAAAAGCUAACUCUCUCCACCCUCAUCUGUACCAUAGCAUUUAGUGGCAAGAUCUUAUUAGGAAAAUGUCCAAAUACUUGUUAUUUCACUUCUAAAUUACUUAAUUAAUUCCUAUAUAUUUAUAUCGAUGGUCAGAUUUUGCAGCAACCAGCCUAUAAAUGGUUCAUUGUUGCUUACCGAACAUUAUUAUUUAUCAGGUCAUUUGUAAACAUGGGGAUUACUUUUUAUACAGGUUAAAAACUAAAUAAUUGAUGAGGAGCAAUGCCGACUUGGAUUACUAUUUCGAGGAUUAGAUAACUAUCAACAACUAAAUGCAUAAAGAUAAUAUUAAUAAAAUUUGUUUAGCCUCAGUUAUUGUAAUCUCAUCGACUACUUGACCUUGACUGUCAGAACAUGUCUCCAACAAAAAUGAAUUGCAAUUGCAAUAGACCAAAAGUAAAAGUUGUGAUGGGAUUUGUUUCGUACACGUCAGUUACUAGUAUUUUCUUUAUUUGAAAAUGGGGUUUAUUAUGGAAGACAUCCAUUUUGUCUGAAAAUGACCGGUGAUAUUAGCGGUGUAAGCUUUUAUUUGGCUAAACUUAAUUACCCAUAUUUGUUAAAAUGACCUGAUCAGUAUUAUAAAGGUCAGUGGUAAAAUAGAGAAAUAGUGUUAAAAAACUACUAGGUAAUUUGGAUUCAGUGAAGAAUCUUAACCUAUCAUGAGCUUUUGGGGUAGUUAACAAAUAGAGUACACUUUUUAAAAGCAGUGAUUUUAAACAUGCUUUUUAGUAGAAAACUGAACUUACCAACUUGUUUUUUCAUCUGAGUGUAUUUUCAUCCUACUUUAUUGUAUUUCUUAUUAUUCUUUCGUCAGGAUAAACUUUUGAUUGAUAUCCAUUUUUAUAAAAUCUUUGUAAUGAACAUACUGUAACUUCAUCACUUUCCCACACUAUUAUUUAUAUAUUUUGUUCUGCUUACAUGUACACUCGUUUUUACUGCUUGAUUUUUUAAUUGUAACUAAUUGUCAACAAUAAAUGUCUG